GUGGAUAGUGUAGUUGUUGGAUUCUUGCAGACAUGGUAGUCAAUGCGAUGCUAGUAUCAAUGGCUGUUCGGGCUGGUAGACAGAAAGAGAUGAUUUAUCAUGUGAGUUCUUUAAUGAAAAAUCUAUUAAAAUGAGAUAAUGCCGGAGAUAGCAUACAUGUAUUUCUCAAACAAACCAUGGACCAACAAAGAAAGGAUGGUGAUUCGGGUCAAUGAUAUAAAGGUUUUGAGUUCUAUGCCUAGUUUUCAUAGGUACAUGACCAUUCAUUACUUACUUCCUUUGAAGGUAGUAUUUCGAACCAUUUGUCAUGUGGUGAACUUAUAUUUUAAGACAAGGGUCCAGGAGAUGGGACUAGCAAAAGGGUAAACUGGACAUGGUUAGAGUUAUUACGGAUCCUAAAGAGGAAGCAAAAUUCACUGUUAGCAAGCUAUUACUUGGUUUGCACAAAAAAAAAAAAAAAAAAAAAAAAAAAAGCAAGCUAUUACUUGGAGAAUUGUGGCUGAAAGCAAGCAGAGUUCCGUACGAAAAGGACUAUGAUUAUAUUGUCUUCUUAUGCUAAUUUAUUAUGUAUGAGUUAACGUACUUAACAAAAAAGUAUCUGCCAAAUUCUCUAUUAUUCGUCUAUUAUUCCUCUACCUCUAAACUACCAAAAAAUAAAAUCUAUAAUAUAGAUAGUUAAUGGGAUAAUAAGAAGUUUAGAUCUCAGUCAGUUGGUAACAAUACCAAUAUACCAUGUGCUACAUAUUUCAAAUCUAAAGAAAGGAAAAUUAUCUAAUGUGUUGUCAUAAUGCUGUUCAAAUCAAAACUAAAUUAUUUUCUUACUAAUUAAAAUGGUCAACUAAUCAACAAAAAAAAUAUUGAACAGUUUGACAUAUUGCUAAUAAAUUAAAUCAUUUUAGUAUGGUAUAUAAUCUAUUAGUAUUUAAUUUUGAAGAUAUUUUAUAGCCUAUAUAAAUCUCACUUAAGUUCCAAAAAAACAUAGAACAAGAAAAAUGGUUGCUUAUGUCGAUAAAAACUUUUCACCAGCUUGUUUACUGGUUUUACUUCUUUUUGUUGUCUCAUCAUAUGCAAAGUUUAGUACCAUGGUUACAACAGAUGAGAUCCGCACCUUAUGCACCAAAGCAGGUGUCAAAUCUUCAUUGUGUUUUGAGGUUCUAAAAGCAACUCCUGAAAUUGCUAAACUAGAUUUUUUUGGUCUCGCCAAAUAUUUGAUCAAUUAUCAUGCUCAAAAUAUUUCGGAUACGCUGAAGCAAUUUAAAUUAUCAGGAGGCUAUAUACCGGAUAUUGAUUCUGAAUAUCGCUUAUGUAAAGAAUUAUAUAAAGAUGCUCUCGACAAAUGUCCUUAUGCCCUCAAAUAUUUGGCUGCCAAAGACUAUUACAACUUCAAAUUUAUGGUAGCUCAAACGAUGGGAGAUAUGAAUAAUUGUAUUUAUGAUGAGUUGUCAACAAUGAAGCCAGUACCACAAUUUUUUAUAACUAAAACUAAUGAUAUUCAAGAAAUUGGUUACUUUAUCAUAGUAUUUGUCCAUUGUUUCAUACAAAAUGAACCAAUAGACUGUGGUAAUUCUCGCGAUCUAUAA